CCCGCAGCGCCGGUCGGGAGCGCAGCGCGGCGCAGUUCGGCGCGCACGGCGGGAGCGGCGCGCGAGUGGUCGGGCCUGGCGGCUGGACGGGCGCCUCUCGCUGCCCCGCGCGCUCCCCGCCGCCCCCCAUGAGCGCAGCCCCGCGCAGCCCGGGUCCGUAGGCGGCGGGGCGCCCCCCAUGCUGCUGCAGCCCGCGCCGUGCGCCCCGAGCGCGGGCUUCCCGCGGCCCCCGGCCGCCCCCGGCGCCAUGCACGGCUCGCAGAAGGACACCACGUUCACGAAGAUCUUCGUGGGCGGCCUGCCGUACCACACCACCGACGCCUCGCUCAGGAAGUACUUCGAGGGCUUCGGCGACAUCGAGGAGGCCGUGGUCAUCACCGAUCGCCAGACGGGCAAGUCCCGCGGCUACGGCUUCGUGACCAUGGCCGAUCGGGCGGCAGCUGAGAGGGCUUGCAAAGACCCGAACCCCAUCAUCGACGGCCGCAAGGCCAACGUGAACCUGGCAUAUCUGGGCGCCAAGCCUCGGAGCCUCCAGACGGGCUUUGCCAUUGGGGUGCAGCAGCUGCACCCCACCUUGAUCCAGCGGACUUACGGAACCUUGGCUCUGUUCCCCAGGCCCACAGCAGGCGCCUGGAGGCAUGGGCUGGGCAGGAGCCGCUGCCCAGAGGCGAGGGUGUGCGCCUCCAGUGCCUGCAGCUCUUUUCUGCUUACGGUGGGAUGAGGCCUUCCCACCUGCAUCUGGGCUCUCUCUGAUCCACGCAGCUGCCUGUGGGACUCCAUAACCAUCAGUGCUCGGCCUCUGGGGCUUGCAGAUGUGGGUUCGAAUUCUGACUUUGCCGCUUACCAGCUGGGUCUGUCUUGGCAGUGGCAUCCUCCUUAUCCAGAAAACAGGAACAUUAACUGCUUAAAACAGUGGGCUGAAACUAUUCUUACUUUAUAGGUGGGGAAACUGAGGCAGAGAAAGGCUAACCACAUGUCCGGGCCCGGGGAGGGGGCGAGGUAAUAGACGUCCGGGAGGAGAUUAGAACACAGGUAGUGAGUGCCUGAACAUAUGCUUUCUUGGUGGGGUAGGGUGGGAAGGGCCCCAACCUGACCUUUCCCUUGCUGUCCUGGAAUCCUGUGAACACCACCCAUCCAGAAGCAGUUGGGAUCAGUCACAGUGUUUGCCACUGUGUGCACCCGACUUCAGGCGACGGUGUUUUGUAACUAAAUCUGCUGGCUGGCCGUUAAUACCUGUGACGGUGAAGAGGCCGCAGAGUCUAUUCGUUGGUUGCCAAAGGGUGGAGACCCAAACAGGGACGGUGUCAGAGGGACCAUCCGCUCUUGGUCUCCUGGGAGAUCUGAACUCAAGCCUCUGAGAAUUGCGCCGCCCGCUGCCCCUGCCUCUAGGCCUUACUGAGGUGGGUAGGGGGAGGCUCCCGGGUGCAGCUCCUGGGUGCAGCGGGGCGGGCUGCCUGGGUCAGCUGUCUGCCCCCAGCCCCCGCCCACUGGAGAGCUGGGCCGUCAGCGUCCCUUUUGUCUUUGUGAACAAUCAGGCCCCAGGAGCACAGCCGGGCCUGACUCAGCGGCCAGUUUUGUCGGCCUUGGGCUGGCAGCGAGGCCCGCCCUGCUGUUGGCUGAGGGCAUGGAGGGAGGUGGGAGCCAGGAGCCCGGGCAACUGAGGGUUGUCCACCAGUUAACCCCUUCCAUGCCUGGCUGAACUCUUCCUCAACUUUCUGACCCCGACCUUUUAUACCUUGCCCUGGACAACUCUGAAGAUCCCACAGCUCUGCUUUUAGGCAGGACCCUGUGGAAUCUUCGCCUGGCUGGGUCUUAAAUGUUAGUUUAGAAUGAUUUACCAAAGAACUUCACACUUUAUGCUAUUUGCCGGGAUUUCCUUGCCUCUUUCCUUUUUUUAAGUUGAACAGGCUCUGUGAGACCUAACUCACCUGUGCAUUUCUAACUAUGUGGCGGGGCCAACGUCCGCGGUUUGGAGGAGCCUUCCUCUGCGGUGGCAAGUGCAGGAGCCGGUGGCCCUGGCCCGCCAAGGGUGUCUGCCAGCUGAGCGUGUCCGUCACCUGCUGGAGGGAGGGGAGCUGCAGCCAUCUGGAGAGGGUCUGUGCCCAGGCAGAGCUUAGUCUGGCCUGGAAGGUGCCCUGGUGUCAGGGGGUGUCUGUCCAUUCCUGGGCUGAGGGCACCGGGAGUAGAGGUUUGUCCUGGGCCUGGCUGCGCCCAGAGCCUCUCCUUGGGUUAUUUUUGAAGGACCAGCUGCUUCCCUGGGUGCAGCUCUCCCUGCCUGUUAAGGGGGCCCGACUGUGGCCUUGACUCCCGUUCACUGAGUGCCUCGCUAUGUACAUUCUAGAAUGUUGGAAGGGGGUGGAACAUCCCUGGCCUCCACCCCUAGAAGCUAGUAGCAUUGCCUCCCCCAAGUCAUGACUACCGAAAAUGUCUCCAGACAUUGCCAGUGUCCCCUGGGUUUAGUGGUGUGAAGACGAGUAUCUGUGAGUCUCUUGGACCUUGCUUCAUGGUCACAAGAUGACUGUCACAGCUCCAGACGACACAGCCACGUUCAGGGCAGAAAGGACAAUAAGGGAUAGUACGAACUGCCUCUGUCUCUUCUAGCAGAAAAAUGGAAGCUUUCACAGAGGCCUCAACAGGCUUCCACUUAAGCCUCACUGGCCACAACGGGGUGACAGGACAUGGCCACCACAGGGGCUCUGAUAUGACAAGACAGGCUCCUGGGACUCCGGGGUGUCAGAUACAGGCCGUAUCCAGGCCCUGGGGUCUGCCUGGGCUUGAGGCCAGGCCCAGCCCGUCUCUGCAGGCUCGUGCCCAUCUGUGAGUGAGAAUAGUAACACUGCCUUCUCUACAGGGCCAACUUGACUGUGUGUGGAGGGCCUGGCCAUGGGAAGUCACAGUCGGUCAGUGACGCAUCUCUCGCCGGCCCUGCUCCAGGGUCUGUUGAUGGACUGACUGUGCAAAACCGAGGCUCAGAGCAACUGAGAGACUUGUUGGGUUCACACAUCCCGGGAUGGUGGGGCCUGAGCUGGGGCUCUGCGAGACUCUUGUCCCUCCCCCAAGGACUCAGCAUCUCCUUCUGGCUAGAUGGCAGCUCUUGGAUGAAUCAGAGCACAAGGCCCUGAGACUGAUGACGGCCGUGAGACCCUCUCCCAGGCAUGUGCCUGCCCUACUGUGUGUAUAGUUUCAGGGACCCCAACAUCCUUCGUGUGAAGGUCUCCGGUGCCCACGUUGGCUGGGUAGUAGAUGGCUGCCCUUGCCAUCACGGGGCCUUGGUGUGUGCAUGCCACGGGGCCUGGAUAGAGCACCUGGGUCCCCAGGGUAAGAGGAGGGACUGGGGAGGCAGUGAUGGGAAGAUGUCUGUCUCCUUGAGAGCAUGGGAUGCGCAAGCUGGGGAGAGCGUCAGCAGCCACUCCCAGCGUCAUUCAUCCAUCAGGUGUUUAUUGAGUGCCUGCUGUAUGCCAGGCCUGGUGCCAGGGAUCCUUUGAAUAAGAAAGACACAGUCCCUGAUCUCAGGGUGCUCACAUUCUGUUUGUGUACUCAUGGGCCCACGUGGCGAUGCGUGCAGUUAAACAGGAAGCUGGCGGAAUGAGUGCCUGUGUGGGGACCUCACAGUCCCACGUCUCGAGUACAGUGGUGGGGAGAUGUGUCUGUGUGUGUGAUAAAGCUUCACAGUUCGUGUGUAACUACACG